AUGUUUCUAUCAAGGCUCAAAAGUUCCCUUCCUUUUUCUCAGAUCAACAAUUUUAGACACUUACUUCGCACAUCUGAUGCCGCCAUCAUCGAUAUAAAGCAAUUUCACAAGCAAAUAUGUGAAUUGUAUACAUAUUUUACUCCUUAUGAAAGCUUAGAUGCCGCCAAGGUACUCUGUUCUAUGAAUGAAAGUCAACUCUGUGAAAUACCUCUGGCUGAGUUAAAUGAGGUAAAGCGCUUGCUUGUUGAUGGCAUACGAUCUAAGCUAUACGUGAUGGCAAAUGUAGAUGAACUUUGUGCCAUGACAUUGAGCGUUACGAACUAUGGAAUGCUAAACAGACAGUAUUUGUCUGAUUUUAUCUGCCGGCUCGACAGGCUUAUGAUGUCGGUUGCUGCUGAGAACGUUCCCAUGGUUUCUGAUUCUCUAAUUCGAAUCCAUCUUACCGGUUACAAAAUAGAAAAUGUAGCGAGAAAAUUUUUUCUUCAUUUAAUUACAAAAAAAAUUGUACCAAAGCUAGAUGGUUCUGGGUUGAUAAAGCUCUUGGACUCUACCAUCAUUAAGGAACGUCUCCGAAACAAUGAAAUACUUCUUGAUGAUGCCAUAAACAUAUUGAAUCUCAAUUGCUCCACAAUUCCUAGUCUUAUAUACAUAAAUCGUUUGCUCUUGAGGACCGUUAUAGCAGAGGUUGUUGAAUAA